AUGGCUGAGAGAUUAUCAGAGCAACAAAUUGCCGAGUUCAAAGAGGCUUUCUCAUUAUUUGACAAGGAUAGUGAUGGAAAAAUCACCACAAAGGAGUUAGGUACUGUUAUGAGGUCAUUGGGUCAAAAUCCAUCAGAGAGUGAAUUGACGGAUAUGAUUAAUGAAGUUGAUAUUAAUUCAGAUGGUUCAAUUGAUUUCCCAGAGUUUUUAACUAUGAUGGCAAGGAAAAUGAAAGACACCGACUCAGAAGCAGAAAUUGCCGAAGCAUUCAAGGUGUUUGACAGAAACGGAGACGGUAAGAUCAGCGCAGCUGAAUUGAGACACGUGUUGACAUCUAUUGGAGAGAAAUUGUCAGAUGCGGAUGUUGAUCAAAUGAUCAAGGAAGCUGACACUAACAAUGAUGGCGAAAUUGACAUCCAAGAAUUUACUCAAUUAUUAGCUGCAAAGUAA